ACUAACUGUGUUGGGAAUCGUAAGGUAUAACCAAUUGGCAGACAUAAUCACUCACAUUACACAAGCCAUAUUACUGUUCAGUCCCUUUUUAAAAUAAUCAGAGAUCAUGAGAUCAUCCAGACCAGCAACCGCCUAUCCAUGGGCAUGGGCCAGUCGUUACUGCAUCAGACGUCAACAUAUGACCGCGUGUUGAUCAUGUAGGCUAUAUCAAGAGAUCAUUAUUUGAGUAUCAUCAAUAUUAUGACCAGUCAGGUGGUCUCCACAGGCAGGGAAUGCUGUGUUGCUUCAUGUUUCAACAAGGAAUAUCAGGUGGAUGGCACAAAGUCACAAAUACAUUUCUUCCACAUUCCAAAGGUCGUUCUCCAAACUAGAAAACUUAAGGAUGAAUGGUGUAACCUAAUUAAACGCAGAGAUGGGAAAGAUAAUUUUCAUAUGACUGAGUCCACUGUUAUUUGUUCUGAGCAUUUUAAUAAGGAAAGGGAUAUCAAAAUUUCUAUUGGUACAAAGAGAUGGAAUCUUCUUCCUGGUGUUCGACCUACAGUGUUUAGCUGGACCAAGCAAGUGACUCGACGAAAGCCACCAAUAAACAGGAUUCCGUUUAAGGUCAUUGAUGAAAACGAAAGUACUGGCUAUGGGGACACCACUCACCAUCCAAGUGGUGGCACUUUGUCGGAACAUCAUGAAGAGGAAUCUGGUGUUGGCAUUCAGACUGAACCGAUGUUGACUGUUGACACGGGAACACAGACAGAAUGGUUAGACUCUGGGGAUCACAGAUAUUCAGCUGAUAUGUGUGGGGGAGUUAGUACCAAUAUUCAAGCUUUAGAUGAUGAAGUGAACAUUCUUAAGGAAAAACUUGAGGAAAGUAACCUUGUUAUAGAACAAUUAAGUAUACAACUGAGUGAAUUUGAGAUCAACCAGUUUUCAUAUGAAAAAAUCAAGGAAGACUCCAAAGCUAUGCAGUUUUAUACUGGAUUUCAGAACAAGGGAAUAUUUGAAUCUGUUUUCCUUUAUCUUGAAAAAAAGGCAGAAAAAUUACAGUAUUGGAGAGGUCAAAGUGAGGUUUCUGAAACAAAACUGUACCAGUCCAAAGGCAGUAAACCUGGACAGAAAAGAAAGCUGAGUUUGAAAGAAGAAUUUUUCAUUGUUUUAUUACGUCUGAAAGUUGGACUGUUUGUGCGGGAUAUUUCUGAACGUUUUAACAUUUCACAGGGUCAGUUCUCCAAAGUAUUUACAACCUGGGUUAACUUUCUCUAUCACGAGCUUCCAAUCAUGUUCCCUUUUCCAUCCAGAGAGCUCAUUAGAGAAAAUCUACCAGAUUCUUUCAAACCAUAUCCCUCAACUAGAAUCAUCUUAGAUUGCACAGAAGUAUUUGUCGAAGUGCCAUCAGCAAUGCUAGCACAAUCGGAGACGUGGUCUAACUACAAACAUCACAAUACGUACAAAGUACUUGUAGGUGUAAGUCCCAACGGAGUUGUCACGUUUGUAUCAGAACUAUGGGGUGGUAGAGUUUCUGACAAAAUGAUUACCAAAGAAAGUGGGGUGCUGGACUUGCUGGAGUCUGGGGACAAUGUUAUGGCAGACAGGGGCUUCGAGAUUGCUGACAUUCUUCCUGCUGGAGUAGCUCUGAAUAUUCCGCCAUUCAAGGGAAAUAGGAAGCAGCUUUCAGCAAAGGAAGUGGACGACACUAUGAAUAUUGCUGCUGUUCGAAUCCAUGUUGAGCGUGCAAUAGGCAGGAUUAAGAACUACCAUAUUUUAGAUGGAGUGUUGCCAUUAAGUUUGAAGCAUAUUAGUAGCCAGAUGUUUUUGGUUGUAGCAUACUUGACCAAUUUCUUACCACCAUUAGUGCCCCCUGGAAAAUCUUAAUUUGCAUUUACAAACAGGAUUGGAAUUUAGAUGUUGAAUUUGCUUGAUAUUACCAGAUAAUGUCCUGUAAACUGUAAAGUAUCUUGAACUUACAAAUAUCUGGAAGUUAUAAAUUGUAUAGUUUAUGAUGUUAAUAACUAUUUUGUAUUCUCUUUUUGUGCAUGUUAAGAAAAAAGAAUACAAAUUCAGUUGCCAAGGCAAAUUAUAUAUGUUUAACUAUAUGGGUUUCCUGUUCCAACAUUUUCAGAGCAUUUAAGUAAAUAGGCAAAAUAAUCUAAUAUCAUGAAUGAUUAUAUAUGCAUUGCUAUAUAUUGUGCUGAUUCAUUGAAUUUGUCAGAAACAGAAAUGCUUUUCUUAUCUCAAUUUAAUAAUCAAUGAUACAGGUAUUUGUAUGGUUAUUGGUUAACGAUGGAUUGAAAGUACAUUUAUAUAUGUAUAUAUUGUAGGCAAUUUCAAAAGUAAUUUUUUGCAAGUCAUUUAAACAUUUCAACCUUUUCAUGGUUAUGAUUCUGAACUUGGAUUGUGAUUGUUUUAUUUACAAAGUUAUUCACUCUAGUGAUUUAGAUAAUACUGUGGCACUUUUACACUAAUGUGUUUUAAACAUUAUCCUUUAUAGAAAUAGAUUUGCCUAAAAAAAUAAUAGAUUGUAAUUUUUUUUAAACCAAUCAGUGUUAGAACCAAUUAUGAAUAGACGAAUGACAUUGAACGGAUACCCACCACUAAUUUCUGCUUGAUAUAUAUUUCUAUGUGAUGAGAUAGCAGGGGUCGAUUCAUACAAGAGUUAAAACCAAAAAGUUCAAUAUGAUCAUGAUAGUUAAUAGCUAGUGACUUGCUUUCAAAUUAUUCCAAUUUGGGUGAAGGGUUAAACCUCUCUGGAC